CGGCCGGAGCUGGCCCCGCUCAUUCUCUUUAGUGUUUGCCCUGUGUCUGCCGCCGCCGCGACUCGCUCGCCUUCCCCCCCCUUUCCCCGGACCCCCCCCUCUUCGGCCUGCCAGCUGCCCAUGGACUGAGCCGCCCCACGGCCCGCCCGCCAAGACGAGCCGGCCCGGGAGCCGCAGCCCAAAACAACCGCCAGGAUCAACAACUUGCUGGCUCUAAAGAGAAGGCAUCAAAUAUUGUCAUUUAACCACCUCAAAAAUUUUUGGAAUAGUGAAAUGCUUCAAAUCAGCCUUUUGGGGAGUGAACUGGCUUUGUUUAGAUUUAGGUUUAUUCAAUUUAUGAAUCGCUUCCAACAACAAAAAGCCCUGAAGCGAUUUGCAGCAAGAAGGCAAUCUCCAACAUAUAAAUCCCCUUGGAACUAAAGCUAAAGCUACACUGUCCCUGGAUCACUUAAAGGUAAAAAUUCAAGCACUUGCACAGAAAUAGCCUGCAUUCAAAGCCAAGUUUACCUGCAGCAAUUAGCUUUGGAUGGAAGUCAAUAUGUCUCAAGUUCAAAUCCAGAAUCCGUCUGCUGCUCUUUCUAGCAGCCAAAUACUAAACAAGAACCAAUCACUUGCACAGCCUUUGAGUAUUCCUUCUCCCACUAGUUCUUUGCCCUCUGAAAAUGCAGGUAGACCUAUUCAAAAUUCUGCUUUACCCUCUGCAUCUGUUACAUCUACCAGUGUAGCUGCAGUUCCUUCUAACAUGGCAAACCCCAAAGAGAAAACCCCAAUGUGUCUUGUGAAUGAGUUAGCCCGUUUUAACAAGAUUCAGCCUGAGUAUAAGCUUUUGAGUGAGCAGGGUCCAGCUCACUCGAAGGUGUUUACAGUGCAGCUGACUCUUGGGGACCAGCACUGGGAAGCUGAAGGAACUAGUAUUAAGAAAGCUCAACAUGCAGCUGCUGCCAAAGCUUUGGAAGGGACGAGAUUUCCUAAACCUACAGCUCGCCCAUCACGUAAUGAAGGAAAGAACCCAGAUAGUGUAACCCCCACAGUGGAGCUGAAUGCGCUUUGUAUGAAGCUGGGAAAGAAACCAAUGUACAAGCCUAUAGAUCCUUACACAGAGAUGAGGUCCACUUACAACUACAGUAUGAGAGGUGGUGCUUAUCCCCCACGGUACUUCUAUCCAUUUCCUGUGGGACCCUGGCUCUACCAAGUGGAGCUCUCCAUCGGGGGACAGCAGUUUCACGGGAAAGGAAGAACAAGACAGGCUGCUAAACAUGACGCGGCUGCUAAAGCACUGAAAAUCCUGCAAAAUGAGCCCUUGCCUGAAAAACCGGAGAUUAAUGGCAGAGAACCAGAUGAUGAAAAUCUCAAUAAAUCUGAAAUAAGCCAAGUGUUUGAGAUUGCACUUAAAAGGAACUUGCCUGUGAAUUUUGAGUUUUUCCCUCUGAAACAGGUGACCCGGGAGAGCGGUCCCCCUCAUAUGAAGAGCUUCGUAACGAAGGUAUCUGUGGGAGAAUUCAUGGGUGAGGGUGAAGGCAAGAGCAAGAAGAUCUCAAAGAAGAACGCGGCCAUAGCAGUCCUAGAGGAAUUGAAGAAACUGCCCCCCCUUCCUACAGUUGAGAAAAUGAAGCCACGAAUCAAAAAGAAAACAAAAUCAAUAGUCAAGUUGCAGACAAGUCCCGAAUACGGCCAAGGUAUGAAUCCCAUUAGCAGACUGGCUCAAAUACAGCAAGCGAAGAAAGAGAAGGAGCCAGAGUACAUGCUCAUCACAGAACGUGGACUUCCGAGGCGCAGGGAGUUCGUGAUGCAGGUAAAAGUUGGCAUGCACACAGCCGAAGGAAUGGGAACUAACAAGAAGGUAGCAAAGCGUAAUGCAGCUGAAAACAUGCUGGAGCUCUUAGGAUUCAAAGUCCCUCAACCACAACCCCCAAAGCCAGCACUAAAGACAGAAGAAAAGACGCCAGUAAAGAAGCCAGGUGAUGGAAGAAAAGUAACGUUUUUUGAGCCUGGCUCUGAAGAAACAUCUGCUAGUAAUAAAGAGGAUGAGUUCAGGAUGCCUUAUCUCAGCCAUCAGCAGCUUCCUGCUGGCAUUCUUCCCAUGGUCCCUGAGGUUGCACAGGCUGUAGGAGUUAAUCAAGGACACCACACCAAAGAGUUCAACAGGGCAGCCCCCAAUCCUGCCAUGGCUACUGUGACAGCUAUGAUUGCUAGAGAGCUAUUAUACGGUGGCACUUCUCCUACCGCUGAGACCAUUUUAAAAAACAGCUCCUCGGGCCAUGUGCCCCACGGACCUCUCACUAGACCUUCCGAACAGUUGGACUACCUUUCCGGUGUUCAGGGAAUCCAGGUUGAAUACAAAGAUUUCCCCAAAAACAACAAGAACGAAUUUGUGUCUCUUAUAAAUUGUUCCGCUCAGCCGCCACUGAUCAGCCAUGGAAUUGGAAAAGAUGUUGAAUCUUGCCACGAUAUGGCUGCAUUAAACAUCUUAAAAUUGCUGUCUGAGUUGGACCAACAAAGUACAGAGAUGCCAAGAACAGGAAAUGGACCAAUGUCUGUAUGCGUGAAGCAAGAAAUGGAAAACGACCCUCUCCUCAAACCGGCUAGCUCAAACACUUUGGGACAAACACUGGACACCACUGCCUAAAAAAGGCUUGACUGGACCCAAACCUUGAAAGCACCAGAGAAAAUCAAAUGCUUCCUAAUUAAUGUAACCUAACUGUUUUAGAGCGCUACAGUUGUCACAAUCCACUGUAGUAUCUAAAUCAUAACCGUUGCUUUUCAAACAGUGAUAAAAUUUUUAGUUUCAUUACAUUGUUUUGAAUGACACUAUAAAUUUUUCAUUUAAGAAGAAGAGAAAAGUUUCUUAAUUGUACCUAGAAAUAUAGCACAGUUUAGAAACUUUUGUUGUCUGAUAACACUUACCUAUGAACUAACUUGGGAAGAUCAUAUCCAUGUAUAUGUUUGGUCUUUUGUUUUUAAUGAAAUUGUAAAAAAAUUUCACUGGAAACAACUGUGUGCCUGCCAUUUGAUUGAAAACAAAGCCGGCUAGGCAAAUCUAGCCUAAUUAUUGAACGGUUGAAUAAAUUACACAUUUUAGGAAUUUUAAAACUUCAUUUGAUCAUUUUGAUUUCUAGAAUAUUGGGGGGGGGGGACUUGAAUGCAGCAGAAGUUUAAAUGGUCUCUAAUCUUUGUUUUUUAAAAAAAUUGUGUGUGUGUGUCUAUAUAUAAAGGCACACAAACUCAGUACAGUACAGGAUAUGAUCUCAAUGUAGUGCAUAUAAAACUGCAGAUUGAUUUUCCUUGAGUGCUUUAUACUGUUUAAUUACAUCUCCAUGUAGGGCUGAAAAAAAUUACCUAUGUUUAUAUAUAAACUGUGUUGCUUUUGAUGUUGUGUUUAUUGCACACAGUGGUGUGUGC